AUGCCUUCAACAAAGGACGGACACAAAGCGACACAUCGAAGAGGAAGUAGUCAGGGUGAGGGUACGAUCCUGGAACACCCGGAAUGGAAUCCAGCUGGUGCGUCAGAAUGGAGCCACCAGGUAGCUGUCGGUCAGGAUCGUCCACAUGGGUCACCUGUGCUAGAAAGGAAGGAGACUACAGCUGACGACGACGGCGAGUGGACAAAUAUGGAAGCGAUCGCAACAUACGACAUGUAUGACGAGGAUGGACGGAUAAUUGCACGAGCUGCGGUGGAUGACGAGGAUGAGAGGGCUACCGGAGCGAAGGGAUACACCAGGGUAGAUGCGGACGAGGACAACCAGUCUGCAACAUCCAUGGACGAAAAUACCCGCUACCUCUUUGACGAAACAAAGUUCGAGGAUGACGAGGCUGCACGAACACCACUGAGCCAAAUGCAGGCUACCAAGGACCUACUCACGGAAGGACAGCGGAUAGCAUACGUGGGGAUUUGCAAGUUGUUGAUGGUAGAAAUGUUGCGAGACAUAUCCAGCUCGAAGAGAAAGGAGAUCGCCAAGGCUACGGAGAGUAUGAUUUUGUGGAGUCAGAAGAUGAGCGUGAGAUUAUAUGCUCAUAUGGAGAUUACUGCUGAAGAGCAAGUUAUGAUCGAGCAACUAUCACUACACGGUGUGAAACCGUCAGACCUGGCGCCAUCACUCAUGAAGAACGUCCAAGUCGCAAAUCCGAAUGCAUCCCUCAAUGCAGGCGCACCUCCCGCCUAUCGCAAAGAGAAAUCAACAUCCGCUGUCGACGACGAAGAGGAAGAAGAAGAGCAGACCGUCAAAGACCUAUCCGCCCUCCCUUCAACACGCGAAAUCGAGAUCGACCUCCGCUGGACAGUCCUCUGCGACCUCUUCCUCGUCCUAAUCGCAGACUCCCUCUACGACGCACGAUCACGGGUCCUCCUCGUCCUGAUGGGAAAAGCCCUCGACGUCCCAUGGGUCGAACUCACUAAAUUCGAGAAACGUGUCACGGACGCCCUGGACGUGCAAGAAGCCGCAGACAAGAACGAAUAUAAGGAAGAAGGCAUCAUCUCUACGCGAGCAAAAAUGGCAAAGAGAAAGAGAAUGAUGAUGAUGGGACUUGCGAUGGCUGGUGGUGGAAUCGUCAUCGGAUUGUCUGCGGGGUUGUUGGCGCCUGUGAUUGGUGCUGGACUUGGUGUUGCCAUGUCUGCUGUUGGGGCGGGCGGUGCGACGACUUUCCUGGCGGGUACGGGAGGUGCGGCAUUGAUUACUACCGGUGGUGUUCUAGCGGGAGCAAACACUGGCGUGACCGGUAUGUCUCGGCGUACACAAGCUGUCAAGACCUUCGAAUUCAGGCCUUUGUACAAUACGGGUCGUGUCAAUGUCAUCAUCACCGUCUCGGGAUGGAUGUCUGGCAAAGAAGAUGAUGUUCGACUUCCGUUCUCGGUCGUGGAUCCGGUGAUGGGUGAUAUAUUCUCCGUCCUCUGGGAACCGGAAAUGUUGACCUCCAUGGGUCAGACGAUCAGAAUUCUGGGUACAGAGGUCUUGACCCAGAGUCUGCAACAAGCUCUCGGCCAAACUGUCCUCGGUGUCCUCCUCAGCGGUCUCCAACUCCCCAUGAUUCUAACAAAACUAGGAUACCUCGUCGACAACCCCUGGAGCAAUUCCCUCGACCGUGCAAAAGCAGCAGGACUGAUUAUGGCCGACACCCUCCUCCACCACAACCUCGGUAACAGACCAGUAACACUCGUUGGCUACUCCCUCGGCGCCCGCGUAAUCUUCUAUUGUCUCCUCGAACUCGCGGCUAAGAACGCGUUCGGGAUCGUACAGGAUGUAUACCUCUUCGGUACCCCCGUCGUCGUGUCCGCAACCGAAUACAUCAAAGUCUCCUCCAUUGUCGCAGGCCGUUUCGUCAAUGGAUAUUCAAGAACAGACUGGAUCCUCGGCUACCUCUUCCGCGCCUCCUCCGGCGGAAUCGGCCGCGUAGCCGGCCUACGCCCCGUUGAAGUCGUCUCCAAAGUCGAAAACGUGGACUGUACAACCUUCGUCGACGGGCACAUGUCAUACCGUGAAGCUAUCCCCAAACUCCUCAAAACGGUCGGAUGGGUCGUUACUUCCGAUAAAUUCGAGGAGAUUGAGGAUCCGGAUCCGGAUAAGCAUCGGGAGAGGCAGAGGGUGUUGUUGGAGGAUUUGGAGGAGGCGAAGCAAAGACUGCCUCAGCAGAAGAAGGGGAGUCGGUUGAGUUGGUUUGGGAAGGUUGCGGGGAGGAGUAGUGUUAAUACGCCAGGGCCUGAGGCGUAUACGCAGUUCCAGAAAGACUCAACAAGCACCACGCCCGAAACCUCGGACCCCGAGAACGCGAACAAUGGUGAAGUCAUCUUCGACAUCGUCGGCAUUCGAAAAGAACUAGCCAAAAACGGCGUCGCAGUGAAAGAGCUCAAAUCCACCCUCCCACCAGUCGUUGUUCCCUCGAACACGAACACGAACUCGAGGCCAGGUUCGAGUUCGUCCGGGGCGGGAAGGAGUAGUUUUUCGUUGUUUACGUUGGGAAGGAAUAGGAGUGCGGUGGAUGUACGGACGCAUGCGCCUUCGGCGCGGAACUCUGUUUCGGAGGGGCCGGAGUCCGAUCCCUUCCCGCAAGGGGAGGGUGAGGGGAAACCGCCGGUGUUGAAUUUGCGGAGUCCGUUUGGGGCUGCUGGAGGUGGGAGUGUCGCGAUGGAACGUGGAGCGAGCUUAGACAGCGUUUCCAGCCCAACAACUUCGGUAGGCGUUGGUGUAUCACCACGAACUGCAGUCUUUGCCGAGGCCCGGAGACCGAGUCUGAUGACUGCGGUGACUACACCGACUCUCCCAACUCAAACCCACCGCAACAGACACGGGUGUGAAGAUGAUGGCGAGGAGGACUUUGGCGGGGAGGGCGAGAUCACGAUGAGUUUUGCAUAG